AUGGCCGGUGUUAAGACUUUUGAAUUGAGAACCAAGUCCAAGGAACAAUUGGAAACUCAAUUGUUUGAAUUGAAGCAAGAAUUGGCCACUUUGAAGGUUCAAAAGUUGACCAGACCUUCUUUGCCAAGAAUCCACACUGCCAGAAAGAACAUUGCUAGAGUCUUGACUGUCAUCAACCAAAACCAAAGAGAUGCCGUUAGACAAUUGUACGCUGGUAAGAAGUACCAACCAAAGGACUUGAGAGCCAAGAAGACCAGAGCCAUCAGAAGAAGAUUGACCAAGUUUGAAUCUAAGGCUGAAACUGAAAAGGCCAAGAAGCAAAGAAUCGCUUUCCCUCAAAGAAAGUUCGCCAUCAAGGCUUAA